AUGAAUAGAGCCAAACCUAAAAAUACAAGCAUGAUAGAUUACCAAUUUCGGGAAAAGCUUACACGAACGCGUGAACGAGUAGAAGAUUUGUUUUACUUCGAAGGGGCGAAGAUUGGUAGAGGUACUUAUGGACAUGUAUUUAAAGCAACUCCUAAAGCACCGUCCGAACGGUACCCUGCCAAAAUGUACGGGUUGAAAUUGAUAGAGGGACAAGGAUUAUCUAUGUCGGCGUGCAGAGAAAUAGCUUUAUUAAGAGAAUUAAAACAUCCCAACUUGAUUUGUUUACAAAGAGUUUUCCUAACAGUUGAAAGAAAAGUGUGGCUACUACUUGAUUACGCUGAGCAUGAUCUUUGGCAUAUAAUUAAAAGUCAUCGAGCUGCGAGAGCUAAGAAAACUCCUAUAAUGGUAGCUAAAGGCAUGGUCAAAAGUAUACUGUAUCAGAUUUUAAAUGGUAUCCACUAUCUUCAUUCAAACUGGGUUCUACAUAGAGAUCUAAAGCCUGCGAAUAUUCUUGUGAUGGGUGAUGGACCAAGUGGAGUGCGUGGAAGAGUUAAAAUCGCUGAUAUGGGUUUUGCUCGUAUUUUUCAAUCACCUUUGAAACCCUUAGCCGAAUUAGAUCCAGUAGUUGUUACAUUUUGGUAUCGUGCUCCAGAACUUCUCUUAGGAGCUAAGCAUUAUUCCAAACCUAUCGAUGUUUGGGCCAUAGGUUGUAUCUUUGUUGAAUUACUGACUGCUGAGCCCAUCUUCUUUUGUAAAGAAGAGGAUAUCAAAGCUCAGAGUCCCUAUCACUUCGAUCAAUUAAAAAGGAUUUUCACUGUUAUGGGGUAUCCGACGGAAAGUGAUUGGCCUGAUCUCAAGAAAAUGCCUGAGUACGGUAGGCUGCAACAAGAUAUUAAAGCUAACAAUGUUAGUUUUGCCGGAGCUAGUAUGCAGAGAUAUAUUGAAAAGCACAAAGGGGUUGAACAUGACAGUUUACAAUAUAAACUUAUGCUCAAGCUUCUUACUAUGGAUCCGAACAAGAGAAUCACUUGUAAAGAUGCUAUGGAUGAUCCUUAUUUCAAGACUGAACCUAGAUUAACAGAAGAUGUGUUCGGGAAGUUCGAGAUCCCUUAUUCGAAACGUGACUUCCUGGUAGAUACUGAGAAAAAGCCAGCCCCUGUUGAAGAACCUCCUCAAGUUGUAACAACUGCACAAACAUUCACUACGGAUAUGAAAUACACCACCACCAUUGGUAACAUCAUUCCACCUGGUCUUGAUGAACCAUCGAACAAGAGACUGCGGUUCAACGCCGGCAUACAGAUGACUCCACAAUUCGGCGAAUACGCGCAUGGAAACCUACCAAUGAACCCGCAAGGUGUAUUGGCUGGAGGAGGUGCUGGAAACCCUGUGCAAUAUUCUGGGCAUCAGUAUCAAAUGCAACAGAAUAAUAUGAGAAAUGCGAACGCUCAAAGACCUUCUGGACCUUAUCCUAAUAAUGUUCUGCCAGGUGAUAUGAUGAUGCAGCAGAACCAAAUGAAUGCGCAGAUGUUACAAUCGCAACAGAACAUUCCUCAACAUAACCUACCUCCACACGUAGCACAAACGAUGCAAAUGAACAUGCCACAACACAAUAUGAAUCCGAAUUUCCAACAACAGAUUCCUCAUCAGCUCCAUCAACAGUCUCUCCAGCAACCCCAUCCCCAACAACAUCAACAGCAAUCUCACCAGCAAACUCACCAACAACCUCAUCCACAAGCUCACCCACAGGCUCACCAGCAAUCUCUACAACAAUCACAUCAGCAGCCUCAUCCACAGGUUCACCCACAGGCUCACCAGCAAUCUCAUCAGCAACAACAUCAACAAUCUCACCAGCAACAACACCAGCAGCCACAUCCGAACAUACAAGCUGGAAAUCCCAACUGGAGGAAUAUGUAUCCAUAG